AUGGCUGUGCUCUCGCAAAAAGCUCUAGAAAAUGGCCUCAGCAUCAGAAGAGCCAAAACUGAAGAUGUACCUUCUAUACAGGCCAUGGUCAAUGCCAGCUACUCAAAGUAUAUCGAGCGCAUAGGAAAACCUCCCGCGCCAAUGGUAGCCGAUUACAACGAAUUGCUAAACACUAGCGAUAUUUAUAUCCUAGAAACUACUUCCGAUGAUAAAAUCGUGAAAAUCGUCGGUUCUAUUAUUCUGAGAAUAGACGGUGAGGCAGAUGCCGUCAAGGUGAACAAUUUGGUUGUUGAGCCUGCGGCCCAGGGACGAGGCUAUGGUCGUGUUCUUAUGGAUUUUGCAGAGGACGUGGCGAAGGAGAAGGGGAUUGGAUCAAUGGCUUUGUUUACGAAUGUCAAGAUGUAUGAGAACAUUGGGCUGUAUGCUAAGUUUGGGUAUGUUGAGACGGGGAGGAAGAGCGAGGAUGGUUAUGAACGAGUGUAUUUUCGCAAGGAGUUGAAAAGGAAGGACUAA